UCACUCUGUCUCUUCUUAUAAAUGAGGCUUUCUUCCGCUGGAUUCAGUCCACAACCCCAGGAAGGGGAAAAAAGGGUUCUCAACUCUGAACUUUGGCAUGCAUGUGCGGGACCUCUUGUUUCUCUACCUCCUGUUGGAAGUAGGGUUGUUUAUUUCCCACAGGGUCAUAGUGAACAGGUUGCUGCAUCAACCAACAAGGAAGUGGAUGCCCAUAUACCUAACUAUCCAAGUCUGCCUCCACAACUUAUCUGUCAGCUGCACAAUGUUACCAUGCAUGCUGAUGUUGAGACAGAUGAAGUAUAUGCUCAGAUGACCUUGCAGCCAUUGAGUCCACAAGAACAGAAGGAAGCUUAUCUUCCAGCCGAGUUGGGCACUCCUAGCAAACAACCAACAAAUUACUUCUGUAAAACGUUGACAGCAAGUGACACAAGUACUCAUGGAGGAUUCUCGGUUCCUCGCCGGGCAGCUGAAAAAGUGUUUCCUCCCUUGGACUUCACUCAGCAGCCUCCAGCUCAAGAGUUGAUUGCCAGAGAUCUGCAUGAUAAUGAGUGGAAAUUCAGGCAUAUAUUUCGGGGCCAGCCCAAAAGGCACCUACUUACAACUGGAUGGAGUGUUUUUGUCAGUGCAAAGAGAUUAAUCGCUGGUGACUCAGUGCUCUUUAUCUGGAAUGAAAAAAAUCAAUUACUUCUUGGUAUUCGACGUGCUAAUCGACCUCAAACUGUAAUGCCUUCAUCGGUAUUAUCAAGUGAUAGUAUGCACCUGGGCCUUCUUGCUGCUGCUGCUCAUGCAGCUGCUACUAAUAGCCGUUUUACCAUAUUUUAUAAUCCCAGGGCUAGUCCAUCAGAGUUUGUCAUACCAUUGGCCAAAUAUGUGAAAGCAGUCUAUCACACUCGGGUUUCUGUUGGUAUGCGCUUUCGUAUGCUGUUUGAAACAGAAGAAUCAAGUGUCCGCCGGUACAUUUCAAAUCCUUUUGUUAUGGUUUAUGUGGUUUUACUCUUUUUUAUUUGUUAUAAGUUUUGAUGGUUAUUGGAAGGAAAUAAAAUAAAAUAAAAAAUCUGAUUUAAAGAGUUGCUAUUUUGAUGUCUUCUCAAAAUGAUUUUGUUAUUUUGAAAAAUCUUGAAUACAUCAGAUACUGUAAU